AUGAUUAAUGGAGGUAUGAAGGGUUUUUUCAAGGGGAAAAAGGGCAUAAGACAGAGGGAUCCUAUGUCUCCCCUUCUUUUUGUCAUUGUUAUGGAAUACUUGUCAAGAUUUCUCAAGAAGGUGGGGGGAUUGAGAGGCUUUAAGUUUCAUUCAAGGUGCAAAGUGUUAAAUCUGAAUCACCUAGCUUUUGUAGAUGAUUUGAUGCUCUUUAGCUAUGGUGAUCAGAAAUCUAUUUCUCUCCUAGUAAGAGCCUUGAAGACUUUCGAAAAUUGCUCUGGCCUUCAAGCUAGUCCUGAGAAGACAGCAAUAUUCUUUGGGAAUGUCUCAAGACUUGUUAAACAGGAGAUCCUGCAUAUGUCUGGGUUUGUUGAGGGUUGUGCACCAUUCAAGUACUUGGGAAUUCCCUUAAAUGUCAGGAGCCUGUCUAACAGUGAUUAUGAUGGUUUAAUUGACAAGAUGCUGCUAAGAAUAAAUUGUUGGCCUAGUAGGAACUUAUCAUAUGCAGCCAGAAGCUUAUUGGUGAAUUCAAUCCUCCUUAGUCCUUACUGGUCUCAGUGUGUUUUGCUCCCAGCUGGUGUCAUUAACAGAAUCACCUAG